AUGAGCAGUUCUAUAGGCGCAUCACCUAGUAAAGUUAAACAAGAAGGCACAAGUAUAGUAGACGAAAAAAGACCCACAACCAAGAAUAAAAGUAACGUUAAAAAGGAAAAAGCCAAUGAUAUAGACCAUGGGGAAGAGAAUCGAGAGGAAGGAGACGCUGAUCAUGCUAUAUUAUCGGACCCAGAAGAUUAUUUAGAGGAAGAUGAGAGUCUAGAUAUGAAUUUGAGCAAUGGGAAUCAAAAGAUUUGGUUAGUUAAAUUGCCACGAUAUUUGGCAGAAAAAUGGUCCAAGACGGAUGAAUUAGAAGGCAAACAAUUGGGGAGUGUUAAGAUCAAACAAGGAGGGGGUCCCAAUUCCAAAUUACAAGUGAAAUUAGAGCUUAAUAAUGAACUGAUGCAAAACGAUGAUCUGAUUCCAAGAGAAUAUGAUUUAUCAGUGUUAAAUACACAAGUUAAAAAUUCAUAUGUUUUCAGUGAAGAAAAUUUAAAGAAAUUCAAACAGGAACUUACAGAAGUGGCUGAAAUGCCCGAGCAACCUCAAUUACCAUCUCUUGAUAAGAAGAAGGAUGAAAAGAAGCCGUUUAAAUUCUUCCGAGUUCAAAAAAGUAGAAUGGGGGUUGAUGGGAAACCCAUCAGAAAAUAUGUACCAUUUGUUAAGACCAUUCCUAAAAAGACUCGAUUAGUUGGUAAGAUAUGUCAUGAUUGUCAAAUAAUACCAUCUAAAACUGAUUCAAGGUACAGUGAAGUUGUUAUGAAAAGACAAACUAUUCAACAAGCCAAACCAAGACCAAAAGUGACCUUAUUAGAAGAAAUUCCUGGGGUUAUACAAUCGAAUGCCGGUCCCUCAAUCAAGGGGAAUAACACUUCGGUGUUCUUAAAAUCCAAUCCUGUUAAGGGUAAGAAUGGUGAAGGUAGAGCCAUUAGAAUGCCCAAGAAGGAUUUAUUAGAUUUAUUAUUUAGAUUAUUCGAAGAAUAUGAAUAUUGGUCAAUGAAAGGAUUAAAAGAACGUACUAGACAGCCCGAAAGUUAUUUAAAAGAAUCUUUAGAUUCAAUUGCUAAUUUAAUUAAAAAGGGUCCAUAUACUUCCAAGUAUAAUUUAAAACCGGAAUAUAGAAGAUUAAGAGAUGCCGAAAGAGCGGCAAGAUUGGGUUUAGAUACUAACGAAGAUGAUAAAGAUGAUGAUAAAGAAGAUGAAGAUGAUGUUGAAAUGGAAGACGUUGUAUAA